UGAAAGUGGGUAAAAACUGCAGCGCUCCUUGUGGGUAUCGACGCAGGCGAUGCCGUACUCUCUAAACUGACGCCGCUUCCGUACUAAGAGAUUUCACAGGUUGCCGUAGGCGUGGGGCGCGAGUCUGGUAUGUUGUCGUAGUGCUGUAGUCCUCUCUACCUGCCAGUGGGAACUAGCGACACUACUGUACCUGGCGGAAACGGGUGGAUGACGCUUGCGUCCGCUCCUGAUCGCAAAAUCCGCCGCGGUCGGAACUUGACCGAACACCGCGCGCGCGUGCCGUCGCACGUGUCAUGCGCCCUGUAGUGUGUCGUCCCGAACAGCAGCGGCCAACGACGAUCAACAGGUGUCCGCCGCCGCAACCAACAGCAUCAUGAGUGCCCAGUACCGGCCGUACCGUGACGAGGACAACGGCGGCGAUAGCGAGCCGAUGACAUGGCCCGACCACGAGCCCACGGGCGCGGUGCAAAUCUACGAGAAGACGACCGAAGACAUCCGAGUCGUGUCGCACCGCAACCUGGUCAUCGGUGGCUUGGGCAUCGCGCUGCUGGGAGUGCUCGCGGGGCUGCUGGUCGGCUAUUUCGCGCACACCGAGCACAGUGGCUGCGUGCGGGGCAAGUCGGUCGCCAUCCACGCCGUGUACGACGCCGACCCGAGCAUCAGGGCGCGGCUCUUGGCUCUCGUCAGCGCUGACGGCAUCAACCGAACCGCAGGGCAGCUGCUUGAGGUGCGUACAGACUCCGAGAUUGUGGACCUCCUGCAGCAGCGUUGGAAAGAACAGGGCCUCGAGGCUGUGCAGCAGCACACGUACGAGGUGCUGCUGUCAUUCCCAGAUUCGUCACGCCCGAACCGGCUGCGUCACUUUGAGAAUUCGUCUGAUGCAGCAGGCACAACUGUGGACCUGUUCUCAGAGGAUCACCGUCCCUAUGUGGCCUACUGCACGGCCAAUGGUCCCAUCAGAGGCCCCCUGGUGUACGCAGGUCGUCUGCAGGUAUCUGAUGUGGACUGGCUGCAUGGCUCCAAUGUAACGCUUGAUGGCAGUGUCUUGCUCGUGCGGCUAGGCACAGAGCCCUUGGGCCGGCAACUUGCCAUGGCGCAACGGGUGGGUGCACGUGCCGUCCUGUUGUACCCAGACCCUCGCGAGUUUCGGCCACUGCCUCCAAGCUACCCUACAGAGCAGGAUGGUAGUGCCGCCUGGUGGUGGCUGCCACCUGAUGGAAGUCACAGUGCCAGUCCCCUGGGUCCACUCCUGGGGGAUCCGCAGACCCCCGGAUACCCUGCCGUAGUGUCUGCACACCGGCUACCUCGGGAGCAGCUGUACCUGCCUACAGUGCCAGCGCAGACCAUCAGUGCCAACGUGGCUGAGAUUUUGCUGCGGCACAUAGGGGGACCACCAGUCACUGCGCAAAUGCAGGGCUCCUUGGGUGGUGAGGGCGGUGCCGCCCUUGGCGCUGGACCUGGCCCUGUCGAGGCCGAGCUGCAGUUGCACAACAUGCUGCGAAACCAUUCCGUGUUUGACCUGGUUGGCUACGUGCGCGGGCGUGUUGAGCCCGACCGCUACGUGCUGGUGGGUGCCGGCCGCGAUGCAUGGGGUGACUCGGACAUUGGCAGCACGGCCCUGCUGCUCGAACUGAGUGCAGCCUUUGGAAAGCUCCUCCAGGAAGGUUGGCGACCACGCCGCACUGUCAUCUUCUGCAGCUGGGCUGCGGAAGAAUUCCAGUCCGUGGGCGUCGUCGAGUGGCUUGAGGAAAACCUCAAGCUUCUCCACGGCCGUGUGGUGGCCUACAUUGACCUUGGCCAACCUGUGCUGGGGUCCACUUCGCUAAGUGUGGCGGCCUCCCCGCUCCUCUACCACGCGGUCUUCAAUGCCACCAGGCAGGUGCCAGCUGGCGGUGAUGGCUCGCGCAGCGUGUACGAGCAGUGGGUGGCCACCUUCCCCAAACACCGCAAUGCUUCGCGGCUCCUGUUCCCACCUCCGAGUGGCUCUUCUGUGGCACCCCCAGUGCACCUUGAAGAAGGGGAGGAGUGGGACUCCUUCAGUGUGGAGCCCCUGGACCUGCUGACCAACUACAGACAGGCCGCCAUGCUCCCUGUGCGACCAGCAGUGCGGGCUAUGGAUGUCGAAGGUAGCUAUGCGGCCUUCUUCUCCCAGGCAGGCAUUCCAGUGGUGCAGAUGAGCUACGUGGACGACAUCCUUCAGAAGUUGUCCCGAGUGGCAUUCCCACGCAAGCACACCCAGUACGACCGCUUCUCGCUAUUCCGAGAACACGUGGACCCGGAGUUGCGGGCGCAUGCGACAGUGGCGGCUGUUGCAGGAGAGUUGGUGCGCACCCUGGCGGACUCGCUCUUCCUGCCUUUCAACCUGUUUGACUAUGCACAGCUGUUGAAAGACCUCUGCUUCAGCCUCCACCUGCAUGCACAUGGCCUAGAUUUGGGUCCUCUAGACGCGGCUGUUCACAACUUCUCAGUAGCAGCAUUUGACUUCCACUCCCGUCAGAACGGCCUCGACACCUCCGACCCAAUGGCCAUCCGGAUGGUGAAUGACCAGUUGCUGUUGCUGGAACGAGUCUUCCUCGACCCUAGGGGCUUGCCACGAAACCCCUACAAAAAGCACUUGGUGCUGUCCCCACCCGAGCUGCCCACGUACAUGGACGAGAUGUUCCCGGGCAUCAUGGAUGAGUUCACACGCCUGGUAGAUGAGCUGGGCUCUCCCAGCGAUCCAGGCCCACACUUGGAUGUGCUGAAGCAGCACUAUGCCUUGCUGGUGCAGGUCAUCCAGCAGGCUGCCGACACACUGGCUGCUGUGGUGCCACCCUAUGCCUAGCAGCGCAACUCGUGCGUCCACUCCGUUUUACAAUUGAAGUUAUGAAUAGCGCAAGAACUAAGCACAUGCCAUAGGCAUGGGCCAGAGGCUUGCACUUUCAUCCAUCUUAUUUGAGCAAAGUGGCUUAAAUGAAAUGUUAGUGUGAUUGGAAGGCAGUGCCCAGCCCUUGUAAUUGAUGUGCUCUAUCUGGUCUUCGAUAUUCAUAACUUCAAGUACGUACCAACUAGGCCAUCACAAGAGGCAUGUCCAUUUCAUGGUGUUUUAUAUGGCAGCCAAAGCAAGGAGCAUGUGUGUUUCUACAACUGGCAACACUCUCACCUGAUGCUGUAGAUGUGUCGGAAAACCUUUGAGCGAGGCUGAAGUCCCUAGGUAGCUUUUUUUCCUGUCAAGCCUCCUGUGAAACCAUGCCAGGAAUACCAUUGUAUUCGAAGGCAGUACAUAGCCAGGAGCGUGGAGCCGACCAAUGACAAGCAUGGGUGUUGCUGCAAAGGCUUUCCUCUUCAACUUCAGGCUUUAAAAAAGCUUAUCUAGGGACUUCAAGUUAAGCUGCCUUGCACAUGCUUCUGCACCCUGCUGAGGCAAGUCCAGUGCAUUGCUGUGAUUGAGGUAGUUGCAAUCCAUCUGUGUAGAAUCCAUGUGGUUAGAUCGUUCGUGGCAAUGCCCUCAGUUUCAUAUUGUGCGAUGUCCAGCAAAGUGCCGCGCUGUAGCAACAGGCACUUACUGGUCAUGACAUUUCUGCUGAUGUAUUCCAUCAACUGAAAUGCCAGUAUCUUUGUCAUGUCCAUUCAUGCUAUGUUUUAGCUCAUCAGCACAUGCUGCAACCUUCACAUAUUCUUGUUUUAUGUUAAGUUUCGGAAGAGGAAAUAACUUAAACUACAGCUUCAAGGUGUGAGUUAGGUUACUUGUAGGAGCUGUCAGCAUCUCUCUUGUUGAAAAAGGUUCAGAAAGCAUCGUUCUCAAGCUCCACCAUAGUGAGUUGUAAGAAAAGUCACUGAUUGUAUAAGGUAGGGUGGGAAAUGUAGAAACAGUUGUGACCUCUAACUGCAAAGUUCUCUCAUUGCACACAAUGAUACAGCACAUUGCGCUUGUUGCUAUCCUGGAACAAAAUGUGGAACACUACUCACUGAGCUGACCAGAAGAGCAUUUCUAUUCUCUUUUUCAUAUGCUGCAGGCAAUGCUACCCUCUUAGAGAGACUAGAACUCUUAAUGCUCUGACCAAAAAGUAGUGUAUCACAUAUGAACGAAAGAUGUAGGUGGGCUCCAUGUAAUUUGAUAUAAUAUAGUCUCAUAAUAUUAUGUCACAAAAUAUAACUUAUUACGUUGAGGGUGUCACAUACCUGGUCCUUUUUAUCACUAAAUGAGCAGUGUGGCACAUUUCUGUGACCAGCAGACAGUGCGCCAACUGCAGUAGUGACCAAAACCUAAUGCGCCGCACACUGUAAGCACACGAAGGUGCACAAAGAGUACGUAAUUUGACAUAGCCUUGCGUCCACAAGUUGUAUCUGUGAUAUACCAAGUAAUUGUUCUGUAGAAAGAAUUGGCAGACAACAAAUUACUGAACAAGUAACUUAGCGCAAUAAAAAACACACACACAAGAAAGGGAGACAAAGACAAGCGCUUGUCUUUGUCUCCCUUUCUUGUGUCUGUGUUUUUUAUUGCGCUAAGUUACUUGUUCAGUUAUGGAAAACCAACUAGCCCAACAAUUAAUUCUUCUAGAAGAAAUUACUGCUCUGCAAAAUAUUUGGAGGGGGACAUCUAUGAGAAACACAUAGCUUCCGUAGCAUUGCCUGCUAAGUGUGAAACGGAGCAAAGGGAUUGCUACACUAACUGACAUGUGGCUUGUGGCUCCCAGAGGCUUUUGCCUGCACUGCCAUUUAUUGACAAUGUGGCUCGUGCUCACAAUGCCACCACGUGCACCUCCCACCUCAUUUUGACAUUCGCCACUGACAGCAUGCGUGCGAGACUACAAUGGUGCCUUCACGAUUCCACGUUCAUGCUUACAGUUGUGCCACAUGCUGUCCAUCCACUUGAUUAUUUCGUCCAGAAGUUGGUUUCACCAUUGCUUUAGGUUCCUACUGGAUGUGUCAAUGCUGCAAGUGUGCCUUAAGAUGCCGCCAACUACAGAGUGAAGAACAAAAGUGUGUGAGUGACUCUUUUAGUUGUUUGUCACACCGUACCACAGUUUCUUUUUUUCCUUCUUUUUCUUUCCAAAUUUCAAUAGCAUGUAUGGUCGUAUGGUGGUCGUAUGGUUCAAUAGCAUGUAUGUAGUGAGUGUGGGCCAGUGUAUUGUAGCAUUUUCAAUAGCACCAUUAUUUGGGCAAGAGUACACAUCUGUCCUUGUUUUAGCAUUAUUGCACUAGGCUUCAUUCUUUUUCCAUCGCAUGCUGUUAGACUUGUUAAAGGACUGUGGGUAUGCUGGGCUAUGUUUAUACACUUGUGCUUAGGUCAGUUUUGUAAGUAGAGGUUGCAUCUUGCUAGACUCUCGGACAACCUGUUGCUACUGUUGUCAAAACUGUAUAUGCUGUAUUUACACAAAUCUAACACACACCUUUCCUUAAAAAAAAUUGGCAGCACAUCACGCAGCACAUCCCAAAAUGGUGGUCACUGUCAGCGGUAGGCGCUUAAAAGGCAGUGACUUCAAAUUGAAAUUUCCAGUUAAUGUGCAGUUAAUGUGCGCUGAGAGAAGUUUUUUUUGUGUGUGCGCAUAACCGUAUUGGCCCCUAUACUGUCAGUUACAAUGAACUGAGAAUAACUGGAGGACCGUAUCUUGGCCCCUUUAACGAACCUGUAAUCAAAGAAUUGCCUAUAGCAGAUUAUUCUUCGCUGCAGGAAAACGCAGCCCAUUACUGCUGACAAUAAUUUUAACAUUUUAGUACGUACAUGUUUGAAGGACAUGGCAAUGACUUCAUGUUGCUUGUAUCCAAAGUUUCCCCCAGAUCAUACAAGCCUAGGUAAUAUUAUUUUAUGUAAAUGAGUUGUAUUUGGCUUCGAGUCAUAACUGUAGUCUGACAUCUCUGUAGUCACAUGGCCAGCUUUCACACGCAACACACAACAGUGUUUUUUAUAGCCCACUGUAGAGUUUCCGGACAUUAAACUCCCACAGUUUUUUAACAUUUCUUGCCCAUUUAGCACCAGUUUAGCUUCUUUAGGUCAAGUGACAUUCAUGUGUACUCACAUGCAACAGGGAUCCUGUUAGUUGAGCACGUAUGUGCCGUCGUAGUGUGUUCACCCGCCAUACAGCGAGAUGUGUGUGGCUGUUAUGUACAGUGUGCGCCAUGGGUCACUAGUUGCAUGUCAGGGAGCAGGAGGAUACUCAGCUCUGUUCCAUGCUUCUUUUCUGCAACACUGUUUGCUACGGUGUAGGCUUAAAGAGGCGACCAGAUGCACGCAAGAUUCAAGCGACAGGCAUAAGCAACGUGAGAGACUGUUGAACCGUGGUGUGAGGCGACUGCAUAGACUCAACAUCGAGAAAUGAAGUAGCCAUGAAGCUACAUUGUUGUCCAGUUAAAUACUAUCAUACAUCAAUUCCAAACAUUUUGUAAGAUCAACAUUUCAAUUAGAAUGCACUAGAUCUAGUGUACUGUGCUUGAGCACAGCGUAAAAGCGUUCUGAAUAGCCAGCAUUAGUAAAUGCAAUGGGCCCCAUCUUGUAGGCAGAAAUCAAUACUCUUGUGGCUUGGUGGCGUCUUAGGCCUAAAAGCAUCCAAACAAACAGCUGAUCUCAAUAAUAACAAAAAAUUGUUAAUACUUAGUCUUCAGCAUGAAGUGGGACUAAGCGAAGUCUGUUCUGGUCAUUUGUUUCUUGCUGUCGCAACUAAUUGCAAGUGGCAAGAGCGAAUUCGAAUCGAAAAUUGGGGCCUGAGAACUGCCAUGUUAUGCACCCACAAUAACCGGCAGAAGCUGCCGCAUGGAAUUCCAGGUGACAAGUAAAUUUUUUGGGGUAAACAAAAACCAGCGAUAUGACAUGUGAUGGCAACAGAUUGCCCUCCGCGAUGGCAAAACUCAUUGCUGUCGCUUGAAUAUUUGGUGCGUGUGGUUCAGCCUUGAAUGUUGGUGUGCUGGUGUAGCUGUGUCUGGUGUGCUGGUGUAGCUGUGUCAGCAGCUUUGCAUUUUGUGCCUUUCUUAUGUUCCUAAUAAGUUCUCCUUUUCUUUUUAUACUCGCAUGGCUCUUGCUAACAUUUUUCUUGCUGUCAAGCAUGAAAAGGUAAGCGCAGCUAUUGGAGCUUCUGUGGCAACUCGGCAGCCAUGGCAUUUAGCUGCUGAAAGAAAGGUUGCGGGUUUAAUUCCUGGCCUCUGUGGCCAUAUAUCGAUUAGGGCACAAGGCUGGAACGUCCACGUAAAGAAAAAGUUUGCUGCUUGUUAGGCUUCCUAGUGGACAAAUUAUUAUGAAGCUUGCUAUACUUUGGCAAGCCAUGUGGCCCAGGCAUAAGUUUAGGAUGCUUAAAGCUAAUUUCUUUCUUAAAAAAUGCUUCACAUUUGAGCUCAAUAAUGUUGCUUUUUUUUCAACAUUUGACACAUUUCUUCAGCAUCACAAUUUUAUGAGGCUGUUCAAUAUAUGGUAUAAUUCAAUAUGACUGAUUUACAUGCCUAAGUUCGUGCACAGAAAGAAUUGCAAAGCAUAAAUGAGAGAGGAAGAGAUGUACUAAGUAUGUCUUGAACAUGAGCUUGCUUGUUGACACCUCUCUGUGGUAUGUGUGGAGAUGUUCGGAUGAUUUUAUUACUUUUAUUUUGCAUGGUCGCACUGUAUUCGAAGUGCAUGGUGUGAUAGGACUCAUAUCAUGGUGUGGGCUUUAUUGACGGGAGAGUAUUGUGUGAGUUGUCUAUCUUGUAGUCCUUGAAUGAGAAGCUUCAUCGUAGGCACAAUCCGAGGGCAGAACAUUCCAUUUUCGAGCCUUUUUGGUCACGAGAACCAUACAUUUCUUCUUUGGCUUACUAACGAGACAAAGCUUCCUCUUCCAUAUGGUGUUUCAGAACUACAGUGCAGCUAACAUCUUUCUUCAUAAUCAAAAAAAAACUGACAGCUUCAAUUACUUCACAGUAGGUUGUAGUGUAUCGAUGAGCCAUAACUACAACUGCUGAUACCAACCACAGUUCAAAUAUUGCCAGUGGUUGACAGAGCUCUAAUGCGUGUUAGCAUUAGCCAGGAUCAUUGCUGUGAUAAGCCCACAUUAGGUGUGAACAAAUGACCAGACGUGACCAGUCGAUGGGAACAGUGCAGCCUUGCAAACCUCGGGCCUUCUGGCACUAUGCACUGUGCUGUUAUAAUGUGCUUACUGUUUACACACGCACCCUGCAGAAUCGUGCCGUCUGCUCUAUGUACCAAGUGUUGCAUAAACUAGAGUGCCAGGUAUAUGACUCUUCUGGCUAAGCCACUGGUUUGUCUGCACACAAAUUUCACACAAAGGUGACAUUUCUUGAUGCAUGCAGUUUAACUCCGUCCGUGCGAGUGACAAGCUAGAUCCAUUCACAUGUUUCUGGUAAAAACAGCCAAGGAUGAGCACAGCUCAUCGCUUAUUAUUUUCUUUCAUUUUGAUGUAUAUAGUGCUGUUAAGCUUAACUUUAGCAAUUAAUGGUUGAGAUGUUUACAUAAUGCAUAAAGUGUUCUCUUCGUUGCUUUUCAUAAAGAAUUUGACCAUCUUUGGUCGGAAUUCAAGAUAACAGUGUGACACAGAAUUGGUUAAUACUAAUUUUGAGCACAGUACUGGCCUGUUUCAUUCAGACCAAAUCAGAAGUAUGCAUCUAAAGUGAUGCCAGACAGGAAAUGUAAAUUUUAUGUCAGCAAUACAGUUGCAGCAUCUGUCAUCAUUGGGACAAAAUGUAGUGUACAUGCUGUGUUUUUUUAAUUUUUUUCACUGUCACAGUGAGGCAUGGAAUUGCUAUUAGACUUCUGCAAACCUACAUCCUUUGUCUGGUAUCACUGCAGUCAUUGCAUAGUGCUUCUGAUUUAUCUUGAACAAAACAGGCAAGUACUGCAACCAACCAUGGCAGUAAACUGUAUGCACCAUAAAAUUUCACCAAUGUAUCAAAUUUGAGUGAGGCCAAGAUAACAGAAUAGCUAAAAGGUUCACUUACACUUAGUGCUCUUAUUUGCAUGUUCACAUUUACAUAUGGGAGCUAUUAUUGCUUUGUCAUUUGCAGCAGGAAAGGCUUGUGUUGCAAAAGCGUGAUGCACUGGCACAGGGCAGUGGUUUUGAGGGCAUCUCAUCUCAACAGCCGGCACUGCAUCUUUGCUUUGCAUUCUGAAUUCUCAAUGGCCUUCUGUAGACCUCUUAGCAACGCAGAAGCCUACUAACAGUGUAAUAUGUUUCUUGUGUGUUCUGUGCCAUGGUCUUGGCAGAUUUCUUAGGCAGCUGGGCCGACUAAUAUUGUGUUAUAUUUAUUCUCUUAUUCCUAUUUUUUCUCUGUUAUUGUCUUCAUUUUUAUAUCAGCUUGCGUGUUUUUUAUUGCACUUUAUAUUUUUAGCAUACAUUUCUCUACUGAUAGUGUAGGGCUAUUCAUUUUUGCUGUGCAUGGUUCAGCUGAUUCACCUCCAUGAAUGUCUGAUGGAAAAUUUCAACUUGGACAUGCUGUUCAAAAAGAAAAUAAACUUUUUAUGAGGGGGACCAAGUAGUGCAAAACUUGAUUCGUUAUAAACGUGAAUUAAAGGGGCCCUUAGGUGACUUGUUAAUUUUGCCUAGAUUCGCAGACUGCAUUGGUUGAACUGCAGGCUCAUCAGUUUUACUGCGAGUGGAGACGUGAUAAGACCUGCGAUAAUGUGGAAAUGAAAGGUAGGUUUCAACACCACACUGAGAUUCUUGCACUGAUUGCCUGUGAUCUCGCAGAUUUUGGUAGCACCUGCAUGGGGCUAGGUAAUUGCUUCCUGUGAGAAAGGACUGCAUUGUAUUUGUGCGAAAGCUAGGACUCUCAAUCUCAACUUGGGUUAUUUGCCUUUUUGCUCAAAAAGAAUUCAAUACACUCAAAGUACCAUGAAACCCUUGACAUCACACUGAUGUCAUCAGAAUAGCAGUGUCGUUGCAGAAUUCAAAAGCAGUUUUGUCUUUCUGGGCUAACAAACAGUUUUUUUACUGCUAGAACAAUGCCAACAUGUAUUUUGAAGGCUAAGCCUACCUGCUUUAAACUGAAGUGCUUUCUUUAGGGUCCCUUUAAUUUUUGCAGAUCAACUGGGCAUCGAAUAAAAUUGCUAGCAGAAAUUUUCUGAUUAAAUCAAGGGGGUGCAGCUGAAGCAACUGCACCAUGCACAGCUUGGGUGUGUGUCCUUAUUUGUGAUUCCAACAGCCGGUGCAAAAAAGCUGAUGUUUCCUCAAAGGGAUCAGAGUUUCUGAGGUUGUGUUUUUAGGAGCCUGGCUCCAAGUGGGAGAAGAGCAGCUGUGCCUUUCGCAACCAGCCUGCAGUUUGUGACUGUGCAAAUACUAUGUGCCUCUAGGCGUGUGUGUAUAUGAGCGCUGGAAAUGUGAAGUAUGUAGUUUUUUUACUCAAUAAAUGGCUGUUAGCCAAGGCA